AUGGACAAGUGGAGAAGUAUACCUUUCUCUAAGAAGGAAGAAGAAGGAAUGGUGGUGGCGGAAGAGGAAGUAUGUGAGGAGGAAUCUUUUCAGAGAACUUUAGCUGGCAAAUUGUGGACCGAAAACAGCUUUAACGCAGAAGCUUUUAAGAGUACAAUGGUAAGCGUCUGGAAGCUAAAGAAUCAGGUGGAAACUCAAGAUUUGGGUAAGAAUUUAUUCUUGUUCAAAUUCGCAACGAAAAGAGAUCUCGAGUUCGUUCUUAGAAGCGGUCCAUGGAGCUUCGACAGGUCCUUGCUAGUAUUGAAUCGCAUCUCUGGUGAAGAACAAUCGGCCGAACUCAACAUGCAUUUUGCUUCCUUCUGGGUAAGAAUCUAUGAGCUCCCACUUAACUUAAGAUCAGAAUCGAUGGCUAGAAAGAUAGGGAGUGUGCUUGGAGAGUUUGAAGAAAUGGAUACCCGAGAAGUCUGCAGAAAUGGAAGGUUGCCCACCUUCUGUUUCGUUUGUGGUCGAUUAGGACACCAAAUGAAGGAUUGUGAAUCUUUAGAAGACCUUUCUGAAGAGGGUUUUGAGGAGAUUGAAGAGCAGGAUCUUAACUAUGGACAAUGGCUCAGAGCAUCCCCGCUACCGAAGGUUAGUGAAGAUCAGAAAAAGAGAGAUUCAAGCUCAAGUAUCUGCAGCAAGAGUUUGUUUCAUGUCUCAUCCGGGGACAGUAGAUGCGAUCCAAAUAGAAAAGGCAAGGGUGAAGAACCAGAAGUUCAGAAUCGUCAAGAAGCAAAGGAGGAUAGAGGGGAGGUGGAAGGAGAACAUAGCAACCAACAAAGAACAAAACAAAAAGUAUUUGAAAUAGAAAAGGUUGCAGAAUCACUAGGGGCAGUGGCAUUAUCAACUGAACAUGAAGAACAAGACAAGCAACCGAAGGGGCCAACGGACAAAAAAGGAAGUGGGUUAGGAAAAAAGUUUCAAAUAAAAGGAUAA